AUGUACGGAACUAAUGAGUCUCAGAAGAUUCAGAGCAUGAUGGUGAAAGACGUCAUCUUCAAGGAAGGUCACCAAGGAUACACAGGAGCUGCUGAUGAUCAGAUCCAGGAAUCUGAACUUGUAUCAGUGCUUGAUGGACCAAAGCAAAGUCAGGCCAGUGGAAACAAAAUGAUCAAUGUGAACCUCGUGCAUGUGGCUGUGGAUAUCCAUCAGGAAUCGUGUACAUCUGAGGGAAAGAGGAGUAGACGAAAAUGCAGAAAGAGGUCCUUUUCACCUGAAGUUGAAACUGUGGUCAGGCGGAAGGCAAGAAGGAAGAUUAACUUGCUGAUAUCAAAAUCAGGGAAAAAGGCAGGAGUGGAAUUCUGCUGUGACAUCUGUAAAUCUCCAUCCAUCACAAACCCCAGCUAUCGGGGCAAUAGGCUGAAGCAGUCGGGUUAUAGGGCCUCACCACGCUGGAAGAGUGACCCUGAGACAGGAAAAAUGUUGAUGCUGUGUAAUGCAUGCGGGUUGGCAUUUGGCAGAUCCCGCCGUCUUCGCUCAUCUUGCACAGAUAUAGAUGCUGGUGAGCGCAGAAAACAUCGGGAAGCCCUUGAAGCCUUUGCUGUAUCUAUGAUGGAGCUGCUGGGAGACCAGGAUGCCAAGAUGCUGUGCUGUCCUCUGUUUGUGAAGAAACCUUGUCAGUGUCUGCAGAACUACAUCAAAAGGACAGGGGAUGAGCUGAGUGAAAGUCGACAUCGAGCUAUGAACCUCCUGCAGCUGCUGAAGGAAGCCAGGCGGCUCAGUUUAUUGAAGUACUACGAUGAAAACCAAGUACACCAGCUAGAAAGACCUCGAAAAAGGUGCAUAGGACUAGGCAAUGGUCAGCGGAAGUCAAAAGCGUUUGAGGAGUUUGUACUGAAGCAUCGCAUGGUGUUGAAAAAUGAGUUGAAGUUGUGUGAACGAGCUACUCAACGUAUCCUGGGCUACUCCAAUAACUUUCUACACAAAAAGUUGAAAACUGAUCCUCAGAAAGGAAAACGAAUUAAAAGGACUAAAGGGAAGGGAGCCCUGGGACUUCUGAAACCAAUUGCCGAACUUGUGAAGGAGAGAUGUUGCAUGGAUAACUGUGUCUUGAUGGCACGCACUCAUGGGCGUUUGCUUCACUUCUGGAGGGAGCGUGCCUCGAAAGGACAGGCUGACGCACGUAGAGCCCUGGCAGAGAUGCUGACACCUUCAGGUGGCUCACAUUCCAAUUGCUACAAGUUCAUCAGCUGGGUGACGGGCUGCAGUCACAGCACCAUUAGCCGAGUCAAUGAGCAGAUGAGGAGGACAGGAGGUGAACGGGAGCCAACUCCCCAUGGACUGAAGAAGUGUUGGAAGGAAAAACCAAAGACACAGGGGAUGAAAAGCACAGAGCAAAACAGCAUGGGUAUGAACAUGGCAAACUUCCUAAACUCUGCUUCAUCCGUUGUCAGUUCAGAACCUUCCUUCCCAGAAACCAUUCAGGUCUCCAUAAGCAAAAGUUCACUGCCAGUGGAGCUCUGCUCUCUCCCAACCACUGUACAGUUGCAGAUCCAGCAACAGCAAAUCGAAGCUCUGAAGACGCAGGUUCAGGUCCUUCAGCAACAGCAACUGCAGCUGCAGUGGGAAGUCACAAGGGCUCAACCUCAGCACCUGCAGGUCUUUGGAACACCUGACACCCUCAUCCCUCAGCCACUCUCUGUACAUCAGCCAAGCAGUGUGAUAACCCAUCGGCAACCAGUUGGACUGCAGGCCAAAGCAAUGCAGCAGCAGGGCCAUGUAUCGAAAAAAGGACUGGCUAUUGCACAGAUACCACUGAAACCUGGCCACCCCCAGAUGGUGUCAGCCGUGCAAUCCAUAGGUAUCCUGCAGGAUGGACUUCAAAAGAAUGAUGUUCAGACUGUUCAGUGCCAAAUUCAGCAAGACCAGCAGAGGAAGCGGCACCAGCAAUUCGGUGCUCUGCAGCAGCUAGAGUCUGGGACAGUUGAUGGCUUGGUCUGUAACCAGUCAGAGGCGCAGCAAGAAGCCAUGGCACAUCUCCAGCAUCCUCCUGUUCAGAAGAACUCUUUGACUCAAUGCCACAGCACAGAAGAGCAAUUCCUAAAACAGCUGGCACCUUCAAACCUUCAGCAAGCCCUGCAACUGAUCACAGUAACUGAGGAUUGUCAGACACCAACGGUACGAGUGCACAGAUAGGUUGUGACUCCACAGCAGAAGGCGUCUUUUCCUGGCCCAACAAGGGGGUGGGUUCCAACGGCCCGGAAUACCAGUAUAGGCCUGAUGCCUGCCUGGCGGGCGGCCUCCCGAUGUGGCGGUGUUGUCCAGGACUGGUAGUCUCGGACUGGAGUAUCAUUCUUAUACUGGCAUGGAGGUCUUGUCCUGUCAAGGAGGUCUUCUUCGGCAGCUUCCAGGUAUUCCUGCAGCCCGGCGUCAUUGUCUAGUCCCAGUGCAGGUGUCUCAUCUUGCUUCGGAGUUGGCUUCCGGGUCUUCCAACGGCCCAGCGUGGAGAUCCUGUCUCGGUGCGGAAACCUUGGCAUGGUGAGGUGGUCUCAGCCCAGACCUGUGUGGCAUUUUUGGCCUGGUUUUCCAGUGUACCCCAAACUCAGAAGUCAUUAAACUGAACUGUGACGAACUUUA